CGGAAGCCGGGUUGCUCCGCAUGUUUCUCAGGCGCGAACACUGAACCUGAGUGCUGCAGUCAGAGCCAGGGUGCAGGCGUUGAGUCUUGGAUCGUUUUCAUUUGUCAGCUCGCGUGUCCGGUGGGUAGCGACUACAAGUAGGCACACGGGAGACAUAAAGUACAAUGCAGAAAAUUUCAAUAAAUGUUAAGAAGGAGGAAGAGGACUGUGAAUGGGAACCUGUCCGGCUGAUGCAGGAGAGUCCCUGCAUUAAGAAGGAGGAGGAUUGUGAGUGGGAGCCAGAGGGCAUUAAAGAACAAUGGGAGCAGGGGUCUGCCUGCAUUGACAUGAAGUGUGAAGCUGAGCUCAAUAUGCAGUCUGAAGGUCAAGAUGGAAUGACGAAUGGAUUAGUGACCACACAGAGUAGUAGACUGUCUUCACUUCCGGGGCAUUCCGUGAAGUCUGAAUCCUUAAUGUACGACACAAUUGUAACUGAGGGAAUAACACCAAAGGAUGAACCCUUAUCUACAGAUUUACACAACAGCGGCAACUUCUCCCCAUCUUCAUCCAGUCGGCCAUCACUUCAGUGCAGACUACAAGAAAAUAAAAACCCGAAGAAGCUGACCCUAAUGUCAAAGAUUUGCACACCUACUUCUUCUUCACAGUGCACUUCUCAACCUGUUGUGAAUACCCUGAAGACCGAACUUGUAAGCACUCUUCACUUAGUACAAAAUACAAAUUCAGCAGCUCAGUAUGUCUGCUGGGAACAAGAGAAGAGUGAUAAAUGUGAAUCUGAAUGUAAAGAUAACCAGACAAGUCAAAUGGGACAGAAGACAUACCACUCUUCUGAAUGUGGCAAAAAGUUCUUUGAUGUGGCCAGAGUAGAGGCACACAAAAGAAUUCACGCUGGGAAAAAGCCAUACUCCUGUGCUGAAUGUGGCAGACAAUGCACUUCACUGAGCAAUCUUCAGAAUCAUAUGAGAAUUCACAGUGGUGAGAAGCCAUAUUGCUGUUCUCAGUGUGGCAAACAUUUUUCUCAGAUAGGCCAUCUUCAGACGCACACUAGAGUUCACACUGGUGAGAGGCCAUUUUGCUGUUCUGAAUGUGGCAAACAGUUUUCUCAAAAGAGCCAUCUUCAGGCACACACACGAGUUCACACUGGAGAGAAACCAUACGGCUGUUCUGAAUGUGGGAAACAAUUCUAUACUAGUGGCCAACUUCAGAACCACACAAGAAUUCACACUGGUGAAAAGCCAUAUUGCUGUAAUGAAUGUGGCAAACAGUUUUCUAAUGCGAGUGCAUAUCAUAAACACACAAGGAGUCACACUGGACAAAAGCCAUAUUGCUGUUCUGAAGGUGGCCACCGAUUCUCGAAUAGGGUCAGUUAUCUGAAGCACACAAAACUCCACACGUUGGCAAAGCCGUAUUGCCUUUCAGAAUGUGAGAAACAAGUCUCCACUCGUGCUAAUCAUCAGAGACGCACAAGAACAGACCCUAUAGAGAAGCCAUAUUUGUGUUCAGAAUGUGGCAAUCGAUUCUUUCAUAAGUGCAGUCUUAAUAAACACAUAAGAGCUCACACCGGAGGGAAACCAUAUUCCUGUUCUGAAUGUGGCAAACAUUUCUCACAAAUGGGCAACCUUAAAAUACAUAAAAGAAUUCACACUGGAGAAAAGCCGUAUUCCUGUUCUGGAUGUGGCAAAAGAUUUGCACAAAUGGGCACAUUUCAGAAGCACGCAAGACGUUACACUAGAGAGAACCGGUAUUGCUGUUCUCAAUACGGUGAACGAUUCUCCUCCCGUAAUAAUCUUCAGACACGUAAAAGAAUUCACACUGAGGAGAAGUGAGCAGUUACACUUGGCGUAGCAAUUCUCAAAUGACAUUUGGAACUCAAUACCUUCAGCAACAGAAAAUUAACUUUCAUUAUCAACCUCGAAGAAGAAUGUGCCAUCAAGAAGCCUGUAAAUACUCGUGAAAUUAAUGAAUGACAAGGCAGAAAACUGACAUACAACACAUUGCUCAAAUGAAUAAAUCCUCAGAUGUUCCCCAACAAUAUGCAGGAAAUUGCGAGUCAUAAACCAACUGGACUUCCCCAUCUUAGCAUACAGCUUCAGAAUCACAGAUUGGCUACAAAAUUAUCUGAAUUACCUGGAUGCUAAAACAAGAAAACUACUCCAUGCACCUCAAUUAAUCUUUAUGGAUCAAUACAUUUGGACAUCUGGGGGUGUAAUUGACCCUACGUUGUAGUCUAGGCCUACCUGAUGUGUCCUCAAGACCAAUGUGUAUAGAUGAUAUUUUGCCAUGAUGCAAAAUAGCUUGGAACAACAUCUGUUAUACAGCUAGGUCAAUUGUUUCAUAAAAAUUACGGCAUGACUGACCCCCUCUGUAAGAGCCAUUUCCUAGUUAUAUAAAAUUCAUAGUAAUUUUACUAGAUGACAAUGCGUAAUCUAUGGGAGGUUCCUAAAACCCCCAUAAGUUGAGUAAAAUUGGUAUAUUCUAGUUAUUUCUAUCUGCUUUGACUAAACAUUAUUCUUCAGUUAGUGACCAACCUUGCCAUGUGUAAGGCGUAGAGGGCACAAGGUUUUAAACCAUGCCCGUGCCCCCGUGCUACGGGCCUAUGGACCUUUUGAGUGUGUGAAGUAACUUUAAGAGAACAACGCCUUUAAGUGCUGUGCCAUAUGUUUAAAGCAUAUAGAGGAAGAAGUAAUGAACUUUUAAGU